UGACACAGAUGGAUUGCCUAUCUAAUAGAAAAGCUUAAAAGUUUUCAACAGAGCUGCAAUGACCAAAAAAAGUUUGAAGUAGGCUUGAAGCAAUUGAAACGGCGUCGUUCGAAUGCAAAUAAGAGUUGCACUGUUGAACCUCCCUCCCAAGUUUCUCAAUUCAGUUUCUGAGGAAAAGAAAAGGAAAGAAAAGGAAGAAAAUGCCAGUGGCGAAACCCGAAUCGUCGGAUGCGAGGAUCAUCGCUCACAUCGACAUGGACUGCUUCUAUGUUCAAGUGGAGCAACGGAAGCAACCCGAUUUGAGGGGUUUGCCUACCGCAGUGGUGCAGUACAACUCCUGGAAAGGCGGGGGCUUGAUCGCUGUCAGCUAUGAGGCGCGUAAAUUUGGCGUCAAGCGUUCAAUGCGAGGUGAUGAGGCAAAGCAAGUAUGCCCGCAAAUUCAGCUGGUUCAGGUCCCGGUUGCCCGUGGUAAAGCGGACUUGAACGUAUACCGCAAUGCCGGUUCAGAGGUGGUUUCUAUUCUUGCAAGGAAGGGGCGAUGUGAGCGGGCUUCAAUUGAUGAAGUGUAUCUUGAUCUUACUGAUGCGGCAGAAGCAAUGCUAGCAGAAAUGCCUCCUGAGAGCUUGGAAGCAAUUGAUGAAGAGGCUCUAAAGUCACAUGUUUUGGGGCUUAAUGAGGGUGGAAAUGAUAUCAAAGAAAGUGUGAGGGUGUGGCUCUGCAGGAGUCAAGCAGAUCACCGUGACAAGUUGUUAGCUUGUGGGGCCCUUAUUGUUGCAGAACUUAGGAUGCAAGUUUUUAGGGAGACUGAAUUUACAUGUUCUGCUGGCAUUGCCCAUAAUAAGAUGUUGGCCAAAUUAGCAAGUGCCAUGAAUAAACCUGCUCAACAAACCAUUGUGCCCCUCUCAUGUGUUAGAGGAUUGCUUGGUUCCUUGCCUAUAAAGAAAAUGAAACAGCUUGGAGGAAAGCUUGGGAGUUCCUUACAAAGUGAUCUUGGUGUGAACACCGUUGGAGAUCUCUUGCAGUUCUCAGAAGAGAAGCUUCAAGAAUGUUAUGGCAUAAAUACUGGUACUUGGCUAUGGAAUAUUGCUAGAGGGAUCAGUGGGGAAGAAGUUGAGGGUCGUCUGCUUUCUAAGAGCCAUGGUUCUGGGAAGACAUUUCCUGGCCCCAAGGCUCUGAAAACAAUUGCUUCUGUUGAACACUGGCUCAAUGAACUUUGUGAAGAACUGGAUGAACGACUCCGUUCUGACUUGGAGCAAAACAAGAGGAUUGCACACACCCUCACGUUGCAUGCUAGAGCAUACAAGUCCAAUGACUCGGAUUCACAUAAAAAAUUCCCUUCUAAGUCAUGUCCAUUGAGGUAUGGGAUUGCCAAGAUUCAAGAAGAUGCCUUGAUUUUAUUUCAAGCUGGAUUGCGUGAAUAUUUGGGAUCAUGCAAAGUAAAGACUCAAGGAAAUCAGUGCAGUGGAUGGAGCAUAACAGCUCUUUCUGUUUCUGCAAGUAAAAUAGUUGCCAUCCCAACUGGAACACGUUCAAUCAUGAAAUACUUCCAUGGCCAAGACCUGUCAUCCUCUUCAUUAAAGCAACCACAGGACAGGUCCACUGAAGAAGCUGCAUCAUUAUCACAUUCAGGAAGUGAGAGCUGUCUGGGAUUGAAUCCCAGAGAAACACAAAAGCAGUUUCCUGGUGAAGAAACUAGGAUAAAUUAUGAUAUGCCUAACCUGGAUCAGCAGGAAAAGAAAAGAAAAAUGUGGGAAGACCAGGGAACACCGUCAAUCUUGAGAUUCUUUAAGAGGCACAAUCCCACUUCCUCUUUGUCUGAGCAAGAGCAAGUUGAACCCAUCCAAGAUACCAAAGUGUCAUCAUCCUCAGGUUUGUGGACUACAAGUGAGAGCUGUUCAGAAACAGGUCAAAUUCAGCUGCCAAAAGAAAUGAUGGUUGCUGAAACUGAGUCCAAUGCUAGACGCGAUAGUUCAGCCGCCAAAAGAAAUGAUGGUUACAAGAUUGAUGACAUCGACUGCUCUGUGAUGGAUGAGCUACCGCCAGAAAUUCAAGAAGAAGUCCAAGCUUGGAGCUCAGAAGAACUAAAUCAAGUUCAGCUGCCAAAAGAAAUGAUGGUUGCUGAAACUGAGUCCAAUGCUAGACGCGAUAGUUCAGCUGCCAUAAGAAAUGAUGGUUACAAGAUUGAUGACAUCGACUGCUCUGUGAUGGAUGAGCUAUCGCCAGAAAUUCAAGAAGAAGUCCAAGCUUGGAGCUCAGAAGAACUAAAUCAAGUUCAGCUGCCAAAAGAGACGAUGGCUGCUGAGACUGGGCCUAACGAUAGAAGGUGUAGUUUAGGCGGGGGUGCAGAAAGAAGGGAAACAUGGAGUUACAAGAUCGAUGAGAUUGACCCUUCUGUGAUGGAUGAGCUACCCCCAGAAAUCCGAGCCGAAGUCCAAGCUUGGCUCCGGCCUCAGAAGCCGGCCAAGACAGGAAAACGAGGUUCUAGCAUUGCCCACUAUUUCUCACCUAUGAAAAACAAAUAGAAAACCCCAAGUAAUCUCAUCAUCUACAUAGUUGGUUAUGCUGUAUGAUUAUGGAGCCAGUCUUACAAAACCUAAAAAUCUCUUGGUUUUCAGGUGAUAUCUAAACAAAAUCUGUGUAUGUGUACAUAAUAUUUGUUUCACCCAUGAAUGCCAUAAGGGUUUAACUAUUAUGCUGUUUAUGUUA